CCAUUUGAAAUUCUUAUACAGACCUUUAACACUCAGAGGAAAGGACAUGAGGAAGUACGGCUGGAAUAGUUUCAGGGAUUUAAUUUUCGGAAAUCCUGCAGUUGUCGACCAGGAUCCACAUGUGAAUGAUGGGGAUGAGAAUACUGAACGAGGAAACUGGGCCAGCAAGAGGGAGUACAUCCUCUCUACGAUCGGCUACGCUGUUGGACUGGGAAAUAUCUGGAGAUUUCCAUAUUUGGCCUACAAGAAUGGAGGGGGAGCAUUUCUCAUCCCCUAUUUUGUGAUGUUGGUGGUGACUGGAAUCCCUCUUUUCUUCCUGGAAAGUGCCUUUGGUCAAUUCUGCAGCCAAGGGCCAAUUAACAUAUGGAGAGCAGUGCCUUUACUGCAGGGUGUUGGCGUUGCCAUGGUUAUGGUGACUCUAAUAGUGUCGAUUUACUAUAACGUCAUCAUCGCCUACAGCCUGUACUACAUGUUUGCCUCCUUCCAGUCUCCUCUGCCUUGGUCCAGCUGCUUCAGCUGGGCUGACAGUAACUGCAGCAACACGCCUGCAGUGUCUUGUAAUGUAAGUGGUGUUUUAGUGGCCAACUGGACUCAGGAAAACAUCACUUGUCCUUCAUCCAACACGACCACCGUUUCAGUGCAGAGUCCGAGUGAACAGUACUGGGAUCGUGUGGCUCUGCAGAGAUCCAGUGGUCUAGAUGAAACAGGACCAGUAGUCUGGCACUUGGCCCUCUGCCUGCUGCUGAGCUCCAUGCUUGUUGCUGCAGCGCUCAUCAGAGGCAUCAAGUCAUCAGGAAAAGUUGUGUAUUUCACAGCGACAUUUCCUUACGUGGUGAUUUUCAUCCUGCUGAUCCGAGGUGUGACACUAGAGGGAGCUAGAGAUGGGAUAGAGUUCUACAUUGGUUCACAAUCAAAUCUGACUAAACUGACUGAAGCACAGGUCUGGAAAGAUGCAGCAACUCAGACCUUCUACUCUCUCUCUAUUGGCUGGGGUGGAGUCAUGACUCUUGCAUCCUAUAACAACUUCCACAACAAUGUAUUCAAGGACUCAUUUGUAGUAACACUGACUAAUGCAGGCACCAGUGUGUUAGCAGGCUUUGCCAUAUUUUCAAUUUUGGGCCACAUGGCUCACAUCUACCAAAUGCCUGUUGGACAGGUUGUAAAGGAAGGGUUUGGCCUGGCAUUCAUUGCAUAUCCAGAUGCUUUGUCUAAGCUUCCCAUUUCCCCUCUGUGGUCCGUUUUGUUCUUCUUUAUGCUUCUGACUGUUGGUCUGGACUCUCAGUUCGCAGGAAUAGAGGUGAUCACCACCUGCCUGUUAGAUGCCUUCCCUAAAAUCUUCAAAUCCAAACAUGGCUUAUUGACUGUAACGACGUGUGCCAUCCUCUAUCUCCUUGGCCUACCAUGUGUCACACAGGCAGGAAUAUACUGGGUGACUUUAAUCGACCAGUUUGUUGCCAGCUGGGUGCUGCUAAUUUUGGCCCUCUUGGAGAUCAUUGGUGUCUGCUACAUAUAUGGAGGAAACCGUUUUAUUAAAGACAUUGAGAUGAUGCUUGGAAAUAAGAGUUGCACUUUCUGGCUGUGGUGGAGAACAUGUUGGUUCUUCAUAAGCCCCUGCAUCAUAGUGGUGAUCCUGAUCUGGUCUCUGAUGACAUUUACACCACCUUCCUAUGGAGCAGUCCAGUUCCCAGCCUGGGGCUUGGCUCUGGGCUGGUGCAUGGUUGUAUUCAUCUUACUCUGGAUCCCUGUCAUCGCUGUGUAUAAGCUGAUGAGAGAAGAGGGAAACCCCUGGAAGCGUCUGAAGUCAUUGUGUUCUCCGUCUGAAGAAUGGCAUCCCUACCUGGAUGUCCAUCGAGGAGAACGUUACUCAGAAGAACGCUGCCGCCGCAGGAAGAAGCAUACAAGCAGACUAGAAGUAAAUGUAAUCUCCAAUUCGUGGCUCUGAGGAGUCUUUUUGGAUGUUGACCUGACACUUUUUUUUUCCUUUAGUGGAGCAGUGUCAUUCUGUGAACACCUUGUGCUGAACGUUAAAGCUGCUUUAAGUGAUUUUUGACCUCCAGGAGGCAAAGAUUAACUCAAAUGUAAACCCAUUACGGAUUACGGAUAUCUGAUGGAUGGUGUGAACACAAACACUUGCCUAUUGUUCCAGCAGAGACAGAGCAACAUGGGAAUGCCAUUGUAGUCUUCUUCCUUGUCAGAUACUCCACCUUUUGUUUUAGCUGAGGUUUGGUCGUCUACCCUCAGGUAAAAAUAUAUGAGUCUCUUUGACUCUUCUUCAUCAGCCAUGUUUACAUUACCUGCUGGCACAGGUAGUUUACAACAAGGCAAUUGUUGUUGAGGUUGUAUGUUUACAGUAAAAGUGGGGGAGCCGUUUAGUGCUCGAUCACACAGACUGAUGAACUAAAACAAUAAGUGGUAUCUGAAAGCUUGUUAGUACAAUAAUGGCAACUCUUUCACAUUAAAGGGAAUCAUUUGAUUCAAAGUAUUAAUCAAAAAUAUUACUUCAUCAGGCUUUAGAAUCAAUCAGAGUGAAUGAUCCAUGUUUUUUUUUUAUCAUUAAUCCAGAAUGUUUAAUGUUCUUUCAAUUGGGACAAAUUCUGUUUCAGCAAUCAUGCUUGUCUUACCAUGUAUACAGUUUCUAUGUAUUUUAACUGAAUCCUCUGUUCCACACAGAGGACAUUCUACAAUAAAAA